AAACAAAAAACAAUGAAACAAUCAAAUUAAGAUUGAACAGAUACAAAAAGCACUGAGAGAUGGAAACACUGGUCUCCUUGAUGAAAAAUACAUUGGUUUCUCUGAUGCAGAAGACAUCCAUACAAGAACUGAAGGAGAAAACAUCACAGUUGUCUGCUCCUUCUCUUUCUCUGGAUUGAAGAGGAUGUUCUGUAAAGACGAAUGUGGAGAAGGAAACAUUCUUGUUGAGACAGAAGAGGACAGAGCUCAGAGUGGCAGAUACAGCAUUAAAUAUAAAGAAGGAUUUUAUCCAGCAUCUGACACACUUCUGUAUGUGAGCAUCACAGAUCUGACUAAGUCUGACUCAGGACGGUACAGAUGUGGUUUGGUCAGAACUGUCUCGUUCCUCUCAGCCAACAGGGACUUUAAGAUCCGAGUCAAAGACGCUCCAACCUCUGAAAAACCAAAGCAGACUCCCCGACCUCCUUCAGUCCCACCAGCCUCCACAGAGACAACAACACAGAGUUCAGGCUCCACUUCAGGAAGCUCCUCACCUUCAUCAGCCUCACCUGAAACCACCACGCAGUCUCAGCAGGAACAACCAGCUGAUGAUGGUGUCCCGCUGUAUGUGGGUCUGACUCUGGUCGUCAUGUUCAUCGUAUUUUUAGUAGCUUUGCUGAUAUACUGCAGGAAGAGAGACAGACAACCCAAAGCACCUCCUAUGGAAACUGAGUAUGCUGAUGUCACAGAGGCCAACAGAGUGUAUGAGGAGAUCAGAGAGGACAGAGAGAGCAGAUCUCCUGUAGAAAUAUCUACAGUUUACACUUACGCCAAGUACGCAAAACCAAAUGAAGCCGAAACCUCAGAUGAUACAUACAGCUUUGCCACUGCAGCCACUUCUCAGAAGAAUACUGAAGACGACUCCAGUAAACUCACCUACUCUACGGUGGGUUUUCGCAGCGAUACAGCUGCCUCGCUCCACAGCGCCCCCCGUGGUGACGCAGAUAACGUCGUCUACUCUGUCCCGCGGGUAGAGUAGAGCUGGGACGACACUCACAACAACGAUGCUUCCCCUCCUCUGUACUCCACUGUUACUCUGCAAUAGAAAAGCUUAAACACCGUUGAUUUACUCUCUUAUACUGGUGCCAGCCCACGUUUCCACCAGUUGUAAGCAGUCAGCAUUAAUUACCUGUAAGCUUUUGUUCUGCUAUAACAGAUAUUUAAACCAAAUAUUAAUAAUAAGAACACGCAGAAAACUAUAACGUGCAAGACGUGCAAGCUCUCCCUCCAACCACGUCCACUUUGGUUCCCACUUCAGGCUGAAGAAAAACAGAUUUUUUAAAGUUGUGAUGCUAUUUAUUUUUGGUUGAAAAGCAGAACGGAUCUAGAUGCAUGAUGGUGGAAGAGGAGAUGUUAGAAUUGUUCGAAUGAGUAACAUUCACACAUAUUUUAUUUCCAUUUAUUUAUACAUUUCAGAGGACUGAAGUUAUUUGGAUAGCUAUUAUCUUCAAUAAUUCAGUUAUAGCUCAAACUCGUUCUUACUGAUUUAAAAAACAAAAAAACAAAAGCCAAACUGCACCGACUGUUCAGAAAAUAAAUAAGUACAAAUACUCAUGUUUUUAGAUGUUUCUAUACGCUCGUUAUGUU